UUCAUCUCGAAAGAGGUUUCGAAACAUCAGAAUAAAUCAGCUUCGUUACAAGUUGAAAACUACAUUGAAGGAUACUUAAAUAACUAUUUUAAGCGGAAAGACAGUCUGUGGACUAUUCAAUGGUUCAACAUUAACAAGAUUUACUAACAGUAUCUUCUACUAUACUCUUUGAUUUUGAUGUUCUCUUUCUAAACGCAAACCCAAAAGAAAUUAUAAUUUUUGAUUGAACUGACUAAUUACGAAAAUGUUGCUUCUUGAUUACUUUAGUGAACCAUCGCCUAUCAUUUACUUGUUUUUGAGUCUGUCCAUUAUUUGGAUCAUCAAAUAUAUUUUCAAAUCUGUGAAACGCUUAUAUGUAUUACCUCCAGGACCAUUUGGAAUUCCGAUUUUUGGUUAUUACCCGUUCUUGAAACAUCAAUUUGAUCAACUAUCCAAAAAGUAUGGACCCGUCUUCAUUAUGAAGUUGGGUCAAUAUGAUACUUUUGUUGUCUGUGAUUGGGAUAACCUUAAAGAUGCCUUCGCAAAUGAUGCUUUAUUGGCUCGUCCUGCUAAAGGCUUCAUAUCAGGAAUAGAGGAAACUCUUUCAGUGAUUGCAAUGUCUGGUGAUGUUUGGCGUGAACAUAGACGCUUGUCAUUAAAUUUUUUGCGAAAUGUUGGUUUGGGUAAACGAGAAAUGGAAACUUUGAUCUCGGAAGAAAUUCAUCAAUUUUUGUCUUCACUUGAAGAUGAUGCAAAUGACUUGCCUCAACGUCUAAUGCCUAGUGUUUCUAAUAACAUUGCAGCUCUUUUAUUUGGUCGCAUUUUUUAUUAUGACGAUCCUGAUAAAAUUAUGAUUGACCAAGGUGUUCAGAGAUUCAGUGAAUCUUUCCAAUUAACUGGAAUACUGAGUUUCUUUCCAUGGUUAAUUAAACCGCUAAUAGCUUUAGGUAAAGCUAAUCUUAAAGUUAUAAGCAAGACACAUCAGCGUAUGCAUGCUUUUAUCUCGAAAGAGGUUUUAGCGCAUAAAAAUAAAGUGAAAUCGACAGAAAUCGAAGACUAUAUUGAUGAAUAUCUUAACGCACAAUCUAAACGAAAAGACAACCUAUUCAAGGACAUGACAUUAAGACGAAAUGUUGUUGGUUUCUUCGUUGCUGGAUCAGAAACGGUCACUAGUACUCUUACUUGGGCAAUUAUGUAUCUCGUCCAAUAUCCUCAAUAUCAAGAGAAGAUUCGCUCAGAAAUUCAAGAAGUUAUUGGAACUGAAAAAAGACCAGAUUUCUCUGAUCGUCUAAGGAUGCCUUUUACUCAAGCCUUUCUUUAUGAAGUCCAGCGUAUUGAAUCAGUUGUCGCUUUUAACCUGAUAAGAAGAGCUUCUCAAGACACAAAGAUUGGUCCUUAUAAUGUUCCAAAAGAUAGUCUGGUUUUUUUCAAUUUCUGGUCCGUCCAUCAUGAUCCCAAACUGUGGCCUAAUCCUGAUAAAUUUAAUCCCAAUCGAUUCCUUGCUGAAAAUAGUACCAAAGUAGUAAAGCCUCCAUAUUUAGUGCCAUUUAGUGCUGGUAAAAGAGCUUGUCCAGGUGAAGGUUUAGCUAAUGUGGAGCUAUUUUUGUACACAGUUGGUAUACUUCAACGAUUCAAAAUCAAAUCAGACAAACCAUUGUCCUUUGAUGCACACUUCGGCCUUACUCGACGUCUAAAAUACAAACCAGAUUUAAUCUUCGAAAAAUAUCUUUCUAAUAAUUCAAUCUAAAUGUCCAUUUAAGUCUAUAAAACUAGUAUUCUAACAAUACAUUUAUUACACGAAAUAAAACUCUUUGUUUCUUGA